UUUCGAAAUUGGUCGCGCAACGAUCGAUUUGAGAUCUCGGAGACUUUGCGCUUUGGAGGAUUCAAAGAUCUCAUUGAGUUCUAGGUAAUUCUCCGGGCCGACAAUUAAAAGGCUCUCAGGCAGGUUUAACAUCGGAGAAUACAAAAUUCGCAGAGCGCGCCGUUGCAAAAGUGUGAAUUUUCAAGUAGUUAAGGACGAAAAUUCCAAGACAAGUUUCCAGUUAACACGAACGAAGAUAUCGCAAUGUCUAUUCUUCAAGCGUGUCAAUUCUUCAAGAGCGAUUCUCCCUCCCUCGUAUUUCAAAUGGGACGUUUUGAAGAUCGAGAUCUUAUCUCGUCGACGUCGACCUCGCCCGUUGAAAAUUCGCGUCGGGGCUCCAUUCUGUAAAUUGUGAUCUUAAACGCGCCUCGUGUUCCUCAACAUCUGCUAGACCACAUCACUCGCGUUUCCCCUCUCCCGCCGCUAUUCAACGAUCACUUUCUUCGAGAUCGCUUCGUACCGAAGGAUCCGCUCUUCGCGUCGCGCUAAUCCUACUCGAGGAUCGAUUGGCGUCGCCGGGGCCAGUCAGGCUAUGCGGAUCCAUAGAUCAUAGCGAUCGGUGUGCUGAUCCAGCGCGGACAUUCUUCAUUUCGCUGGUGAUGUAUCGUCUGCGCGGUGACUUCCUCGUCCUGCUGGUGAUCGUUCUAGCGGAGGUCCAGUGUGUCAUGAUAAGAAUCAUCCGAGAGGAUCAUUUUACGUCGCAGCGGCAGCCGCGAGCGAUCGUCUCGCCGGAGGUCCAGCUGGAGGACGGCGGCUCGUUGUCGACGACGACCACUACCACCGGCCGCAUCUUCAACGGCAAGCCCAGCAGAAGGGGCGCGUGGCCCUGGCAGGUGUCCCUUCAGCUGUUGCACCCGAAGCUGGGCUUCAUCGGUCACUGGUGCGGCGGGGUGCUGAUCGACCCCAAAUGGGUCAUCACCGCCGCCCACUGCAUCCACAACGAAUUGUUCAAUUUACCCAUCGGUGCGCUGUGGACGGCGGUGGUCGGCGAAUGGGAAUUGGACUCGGGAGGACGCGGGUCCGCACGCUUGCCCGUCGAGAAAGUGAUCCUUCACGAGAGAUUCAAUAAUUACGUGCACGACAUAGCCUUGAUGAAACUCGCCAGGCCGGCACCUCUGUCCAAGGUCGUUCGCACCAUCUGCCUGCCCGGCCCCGGGCAGGACCUCGGCGAAGGGCAAUGCGUGACCUCCGGCUGGGGCCGAUACGGCCCCUCGCCCUCGCUCUCGACCGCCCUUUUGGAGGCCAGUGUCCCGCUUCUAAAUCUGGAGGAGUGCCUGCAGGCCUACGGCACCUCGGUGCCGAUCAGAAAGGGCCACCUCUGCGCCGGUCAGAUCGACGGUUCCUCCGGAAGCUGCGUGGGUGAUUCCGGAGGACCUCUGCAGUGUCGUCGCACUGACGGCGUUUGGCAGCUGGUCGGUGUCACGUCCUUCGGAUCCGGUUGCGCCAGGCCGGGCUAUCCGGAUGUAUACACCAAGAUACAGCAUUAUCUACACUGGAUCAACAAGACAAUCGACGCGAACAACGACGACGAGCGGCGAUGAAAUUCUCCUCCUGUAAAUACCAAUGAUGUAAAUAUGCUAUUGUACAGUACGCUAGCGUAUGCAGUUCCUUGUACUUGUAUAUAUGUGUAUGUGUGCAGUGUCUCACCUGCGUUGUAUAUUGUACGCUAAUUCGUAUUGCACGUAGAAAUCGUUUAUAUUUAUUUUAUAUCUUAGGAGUACGCGCGUGUGUACAUUAAGUAGCGCUUUUUCUUAUUAUAUUAUCGCACGGUUAAAA